UCCAUGCGUUCGAACACGUCAAGCCAAAGUUAUCAGUUAACACGGCAACUCCUUUUUUUUAAACAUUUUAAUAUUCGUAAUAUUCGAUUAUUUUUAUGGCGUGUUCGGGCUUGCACGUGGGGCCAGGUUGGAGCCACGUGGCAAGUAGCACGUGCUAUCACGAGUCCGAGCUCACCGGAAAUAAAAGCACCAUGUCCACAAUGUCUGAGACCAUGGAACUCUUCCGGCGAGCAGACGCCGUCUGCUUCGACGUGGACAGCACCGUCAUCAAAGAAGAAGGCAUCGACGAACUGGCCAAGUUCUGCGGCGUGGGGGACGCCGUCACCGAAAUGACCCGCAAAGCCAUGGGAGGCUCCGUGUCCUUUCAAAGGGCCCUGAGCGAGCGCCUGGCCAUCAUCAGAAGUUCCAGAGAACAAGUCAACAAGCUCAUCACAGACCACCCGCCACAGCUGACCCCCGGUAUCAGGGAGCUGGUGGACCGCCUGCAUCAGCGCAACAUCAAGGUGUUCCUCAUCUCAGGUGGCUUCCGCUGCAUCGUGGAACACGUGGCCGCCCAGCUCAACAUUCCUCUGGACCACGUCUACGCCAACCGCCUCAAGUUCUACUUCAACGGCGAGUACGCCGGAUUCGACGAGAGCCAACCGACCGCCGAGAGCGGUGGCAAAGGCAAAGUAAUCAGCCUGUUGAAAGAGAAGCACGGCUUCAAGACGGUGGUGAUGAUCGGCGACGGGGCCACGGAUCUCGAGGCCUGCCCCCCCGCUAGCGCCUUCAUCGGCUUCGGCGGCAACGUGGUGCGACCCCAGGUUAAAGAGAUGAGCAUGUGGUAUGUCACAAGCUUCGGAGAGCUUCUGAAAGAACUGGAAAAGAUUUAAAGAGCCUUGUAAGUGUUGUUGUUUUUUUUUACUAAUUGACUCGUUAUUUGCACCUGAGGGUGUCUCUGAUGGUUUUAUCCAUUGUGCACACUCCCGUUUUUUAAUAGAGCGUAACAAUAGAAGCUACUAAAAACCGCGUGAAGGUUUAGAAGAUUCUUUUAGUGUCAACUGCACUUUUCCUUCUCCGUCAAAGACUGUGUGGGGAGGAAAAAAAAAAAAGAUGUAUGAGUUGAAGUCGGUCGUUACGACCAUGAGCAAUAAACAGUUUUAACUGUUA